AACACUUUUACAUAGGUCCUACAUGUGAACCAAAUAGGUACCCAGGGAAUAUUCAACUUGGACUUGCUUCAUUCUCAUAUUUUUUGUGUGCGUCUCACACUAAAAUAAUGAGAGAUGCAACAUUCUGAGGCUAAAUAAUUCAAACUUGGCUCUUUUUCAAAGAGCGUGGGGGCAAUUCAAACUGUCAGAGGAAGAAACAUCAUAAAGAAAGCAAAAGCCAAAUGUUUUCCACAGGAGUCCUUCUUUCUGCUGUCUUGAUUUCAACGGCACUGGCUGGACCAUGGGCUAAUAUCUGUGCUGGCAAGUCUUCCAAUGAGAUCAGGACAUGUGACAGUCAUGGCUGUGGCCAGUACACGGCCCAAAGAACUCACAGGCUUCACCAGGGUGUGGAUGUCUUGUGCUCUGAUGGAUCCACCGUGUAUGCACCUUUCACCGGAAUGAUUGUGGGCCAGGAGAAGCCAUAUAAAAACAAAAAUGCCAUUAAUAAUGGUGUUCGGAUAUCUGGAAGAGGUUUCUGUAUUAAAAUGUUCUACAUUAAGCCAAUUAAAUAUAAAGGCUCUAUCAAGAAGGGAGAAAAACUAGGAACUCUACUGCCCUUGCAGAAAGUCUAUCCUGGCAUACAAUCCCACAUACAUAUUGAAAACUGUGACUUGAGUGAUCCUACCGUGUACCUGUAAGUGGAAGACACAUGACCACAUCUUCUAAAUAGAAAACCAUCUUCUUAAAAACCUGGAUGCAUAUCCUACUUUUCAAGAAAUUUGUGUCCAAAUAAAAACAUGAUGAAUGUAA